GGCCAUUGUUUGUAAAUAUUGCGAUUCGAAAACAAACAUUGAAAUAGUGUUUGCGAAGUCCAUUCGUUAUAAUUUAGCUGAAACGUGAUGUUCUAUGAAUGUAUAUUCUGCUUUAUAUUCAUUUUAGAGUUGCAACUAUUCCAAAACAAGGUUGAAUGUUCACACGCAUUGGGACCCUUGGACAAUAUAUAUACCAGUUUUGAGAGUGAAAUAAAGAGUCAUUAUGGCACAACAAUCAAACCCGUCUAUUUCGAAAUUGACAGAGCCGAAUAUAAGAAAACUCGACCGCGGCGUAACAAACAUAAGAAAAGUAAGAAAACAAAAAAGAAAUCGCAUAAAUAUAACCAAAAUGAAGCCAAAUCGAAGCGGAAAAAUGAGAAGAACAAAUUUGUGAGGAGAUUUGUGAAAGUUCGCGAUGAUUCAUCGUCUAAAUCGAGGGAGGUAGCGAAAGGGAAGCCGGUGGAUAUUAUUGUGCAUAUUAAAAUGAAUGAAUGAUUGCCUCUUAUUUAAUAUAGAAUUUGUAAAUUAAAUUUAAAUGACGCUUCAAGAA